AUCAGCGCGCGCUCAAUCGAUCGUCAAAUCAAAGUCCAUUUCAACAACCUCAGGCGGACGGAAACACCUCAGACUCGCGCACUUCCUGGCGGACUCGAGGGUCUAGAUUCCAUCGACUGAGCAGCGACUGAGCAGGAAGUUGUGGGCGUGUAAUGGGUUAACGGCGGAAGGCCUCGCCUCACCUUUCGUGCGCGUCACGCGGAUCCGUGGAGUGGCGAGACCACCAUCCAUCAUCCGGCCGCCUGGGCGACACCGAGAAGCACCGCCUCCCUCUGCCGCCUGACAGCGCAUCCUCCCUCGGCUGAACUCGGCUCGACAGUCGGUGUCCAUCCAAGCCCACAUCCAGCAGGAGGAGGAGGAGGAGACUGUGGCCGAGCACCAUGAAGGACCGCAUGCAAGAACUUCGACAUGGCAAAGGCACGGCGGAGGAGGAGGAGGAAGUCGCCGUGGGGAUGGACAAAGGCUUCAUGGACGAGUUCUUCGAGCAGGUGGAAGAGAUCCGGGGUUUUAUCGAGGCGUUGGCAGAGAAGGUCGAGGAGGUGAAGAGGAAGCACAGUGCCAUCCUGGCCUCACCUAACCCUGACGAGAAAACCAAAGCUGAUCUGGAGGAUCUCAUGGCAGACAUCAAAAAGUUGGCAAACAAAGUUCGCUCCAAGUUAAAGAGCAUUCAGCAAACAAUCGAGCAAGAGGAAGGACAGAACCGGUCGUCCGCUGACUUGAGGAUACGCAAAACACAGCACUCCACACUGUCCCGCAAGUUUGUGGAGGUGAUGUCAGAGUACAACACCACCCAGUCGGACUACAGGGAGCGCUGCAAGGGUCGCAUUCAGAGGCAGCUGGAGAUCACUGGAAGAAACACCACAAACGAGGAGCUGGAGAGCAUGUUGGAGAGCGAUAAUCCUGCCAUCUUCACCUCGGGGAUCAUCAUGGACAACAUCACCCAGCAGGCCAUGAACGAGAUCGAGACGCGACACAAUGAGAUUAUCAAGUUGGAAAACAGUAUCCGGGAGCUUCACGACAUGUUCAUGGACAUGGCCAUGCUGGUGGAGAGUCAGGGCGACUUGGUGAACAACAUCGAGCGCAGUGUGGUGGAGGCGCUGGAGUAUGUGGAGCAAGCGAGAGACAAUAUCCCAAAGUGUAAAAAGCUAACAAAGAUGAGCAAACGGAAGAAAAUCAUGAUAAUUAUAUGCUGUGUGAUUUUGGGCAUCGUCAUCGCCUCUGCUGUCGGGGGAACGUUGGCGUGACGUGUGUUAUUAAAUGCAAUGUAUGUACAACUUGUUCCGCAGGUUUGGGUCACGUGCCGUUUCACAUGUGAUGUACAGGACCGGAGUUAUGUUGUUCCGCAUGAGUCGCUGUUUUGUAAAUGUGCGGUGCCGAGUGUCGUCAGUGAAAUGUGAACGAUAACUGAGUAGAUGUGUACAACUAUACUAACACAACCCAGCUUCCAGUAGAACGAUGGUUUAGUCCACGCCACCAUUUUCGUCUCUUUUAUUUCCAUCCAUCCGCUCCGGGAUCCCUGCAUGGUUGAAAGGAAAACACACCAGUGUUUUGGGCGUGGAGUCAUCACUCCUCCAAACCUUUAAAAACUCAUCUACAUUCGGCCAAGCUUCACCAUCUGUGCUGUGUUUCCGACCGUGGCCGCACGGACGCCGUCUUCUUCACGUGUGAAUGAAGCGAUGGAUUAUACUUAACUGUAUUUAUUGUGAUAUCAAGCUGUCUAACACUGCCAAUAUGUUCAAAUAAGCUCUACAAGUGUGUCCGGGUGAAUUUAAUACAAGUGGAGAUUUCAUGUUGUUUUGUGUCGAGCUUAAUGUUUGUACCUGAAGAGUCUAGAAAAUUUAGCAUGAACUGAAAGUAGCUUUAUUUGUUUGGAUAGCAGACAUGAAACGUCUUUAAGAAAAAGACUUUUAGGUUUGAUGUUACAUUUAGGAGGAAAGAAGACGGCUAAUGGAUGGCGUUUCCGCUGAACAAUUUUGUUGCAUUUGACCAAAUAAAGAAGUCAAUAAGAAUGUAAGAAAAUAUGUGGUAAUCUGCUAAAGUUGAUCGUAAAAAUCCCUGUAAGAUUCAUACUACAUUAAGUACAAAAUUAGUUCAUUCUAAAACACAGCAACAAUGCUAACAAUUAGCAACUAGCAUCUUUAGAGUUGCUCAGUGUCUCUAGUAAAAUUGAGAAGUGAAAGUGUUGAUGAACUGGAUUGAGCAAACUUCAGUACAAGAGUCAGCAUUUCUAACUAAAGUUCCAUGAAAUCGAGGUGUAUUUUUAACACUGUUGUACUGUACACGGUCAUGAGCAUUACUAGCAGGAUCCAAAAAAUGGAAACGUUCUUGCCAUAAAAUGAGACGUAUUAUGACACAAUUGAAGUAUUUAUACAAAAAUACAUCAUUAAAAAUUUGCCAAAUUUAUUACAACGUCUGUUUUACAUUAGUUUUGAUAACACUAAUAUAAGAGACUGGUUUUAAAAAUUUCCCAUGUCCAUUUGCGUGUCUCUCCUUCACAACUUCUGGACGGAGAGACAACUUUGUUUUUUUUUAAUUUUGUUUUUUUUUCUAACAGGAUAUUUGGCUGGUGCCAGUUUUCCUGUAUUUAAUUUUCCAACGAUCAAUAAUAUUCAAAGAGCAAAUAUAUAAGAUCUUAAUCAUCACAAUGUUAAUCUCGCAAUGUGUUUUUAUUUAUUGACAUUUGUCUGUUCAGCAUUUUUAUUUAGAAUGUUUACAGAAUUUUUUCAAUUGAUCCUUUUGUUUUAGCUUAUUUCUGUAAUGCAAAUAGUCCGAAGAAGUUCUUAAAAUGGUUUUUCAUUUCUAUUUUUUUUCCUCCUAAUAUUUUAGUAUAUUCAUGUCAACAUUUUAUGAACGUAUGAAGUAUUGCAUUUCUCAAAUCUAAUCUUAAGCUUAUUUCAUUUUGUUUUUUGAUCUCUAUAUUUUUUACAUUUAAUUCUUUUUUUUAUGUUUCCCUCUUUUUAUCCAUUGUAAUGGAUUUUUUUAAAUAAAGGAAGAGUAGCGGUCUUGCUUGAGUGGCUCAGAUUUUGUCUAAUAUUUCUUCUGAAAAUGGCCCUGCUCCGGAGCCUUUUCAUCAGCUUAGCAUGUUGCCAACUCAGCUUGUUGUUUUGUGUUGUGUUGGGAAUUUGUUUCAUUUCACAUUUGUUUACUAGUAAAGAUGGUCUUUAUCUGAGCAUGAGUUUGUGGCUUUAUUUUCUAAAGAAGUGGACAACUGGGUUUCAGCCAACAAAAAGAAUUUAGCUCAGUGACCUUGUGUGACCUUUAGAGAUCCGUCAAUUGACAGAGCCUUGUCCUCCUUAUUAAUUCAUGCUUGCUUACUGUCCAUUUUGAAGCGAUCUGACAUUCGCAAAUCACAGCAAAAAAGCCAGUAAAUUGCACAACUUCGAGCUUUUUUUAAACCUGAUGCGACUCUAACUUGACCACACACCAGAUCACAACAGAACCAUGGAGUGUUCCUAGUCGAACCUGCGACGCCCACGUCUUUCUACGGCUAACGUGACGUCUCACUUCAAAACUUUCUUGACACUCGCAAACCGUCAAAGUUGGCUUUGUGUCUAGCUAAAUGCAGAACUGAAUAAAUGGGCACCAAAUGUAAAGAGAAAAAUAACAGUUGUUAUGAAGUUGAGGCGAAGAACGUUAAAUAUAUGUCUGGAAAUUCCCCAAACUGGCAUAAAAUCAUGGGAAAAAAACAGUUACAUAUUAAGAGUAUCAGUCCUUCUCAUCUGGCAGUGUCACACACAUCCAGAUCCUGAUGAAUGAAUGAAUAAAAACAUAAGCUGAUCAUAACAAUACAAGAGACAGAACGGAUAUCAGUAUUUGUUUUUAUUGAUUCAAAUUUUCAGUUUCUGCUCCAUGGGGAACAUUUUGACGGCCCCCAGUAGCACCUGAUAAUAAUAUAAAAAAAUGUGUAUCAAGCUUACCUGUAUGUUGCAGUAAGAAAGUAAUAACAAACUCUAAUAUAAAAUUACACCACAUCCAUUAAUACAUAUUUAUUUUUCUUCCUAGUUACUACUGUCUUUCCUAUUGCUCAUAGUAGUUUGAACUAAUAAGGUACUUGUCUCGUGGCCACUUCAUAAAACUAUUUCACCACAUCUUUCAAGUGCAUUACACUUGUUUUAUUCUUACAAUAAUUUGAGCUGGUGACUCCUCUGCAGUUGUUGCACAAUUCCAAUCUGGAGAUGAUGUUUCUUUCACUUCCUGUGUUUACUUUUCAUUUCCUCUUCUGUUGAAUACUCAGGUCAGAACUGUUGAACCUGAAAUGCUUCUAUGAAACUGACUUUGUGGUUUACUGUGGAAAAAAGAAGAAGUGUCUUGCCAGUGA